AGAACAAACCCCCGCCUCCUUCUCAAGCAUGGUUGUGGUCCCGAAUGCAAACUGCUCGGUGCCAUACGCCGGCGAGAACUGCGACAUGACGUUCGGGCAAGUCCUUGGCGGCCCGUUGAUUGCCAUUCAAGCCACCCUGGGAACACUUUUCUGCAUCGAGCUAGCCAUCGGCAUCGUGCUGUCGUAUCGCCUCACUGUGAAAAAUGGCCUGUGCCUGGAGAUGAACAAUGUCAUGAUUUACGUGGCAACAUUCCUUGCAUUCUGGGGCGGCAUCCACCAAAUCGACAACCGAGGCUGGCACGCCAUCUAUCCGCUGUGGUUUGCCUCGCUUCUGUAUGACAUUUGCACAUCAGCCUCCUUUACCUGCUGGCUGAUUAGCAGCAACGCAUGGGCCAAGUUUGUCUGCCGGGCAGUGUUGCAGCGCAACUCUCGCGUCGCUGUGGUGGUGCGACUGGCCUUCCCCGUCACGCUUGCCUUUAUUUGGUUUACGCAGCCGUUCGCCACCCUUCUCAUGUAUGCCAUCAUCCCGUUUUGGAUUGGCAAAAUUGUUCGCUACAUGUGCGUCUGCGCCGUGUUUGGUGUGUGGGUCGUGGGAAGCUGCUACUUUGCAUGGAUUAUUCGCGGCGUGCUGAAAGCGGCUCAAAAGCGGCACGGAGACUUGUCCUCGCAGGACGAGCCCCAAAGGUCGCAGCACUCUGGAUCUUCAGAUCACCCAAGCACCUCCAAUCAUGGAGCAAGCUCGAACAACAAGUCUGGAGGCAACAACAACAACCUUGCCAAACGCCGCCGGCAGCUUGCCUUGCGACGAAUCUACCGCUUGAAUGGGUACGGCAUCAUCCUUCAGUUGGCUGGACUCGGUGGCGUUGCGUAUAAUCUCGCGACAUACUUUCGCGAGCGCGAUGACCUCCAUCCGCCGCACGUGCUGCCAACUCCAAGCCGGGGCGACAUGGUCUUUUCCUUCCUCUUUGACGUGGUCCAUCUGCUGGUCGCGGCGAUGGUAUUAUGGUUUUUCCGCGGCUCGCGACCGUCAGCCAACACAACCAAAGCAGAGAAUCCCGAGAACAACGGCGUUGUUUGGCUUACCGAAUCCAAAAUCGUCUCGCAGUUUUCAGUGCCUGGAGGCAAUGAGCCCGACUCCCCCGACAAUAACUUGCCUGAAGUCAAUCCUCUAUCAUCGGCGAGCUCGCAAGGUCCUUUGGACAUUGCUGUGACGGUGGAUUCCGUACCAGAAGCAGCAGAGUCCGAGUCGCCUCAAAGUUCCGACUGAGUUGCAUGUUUUCGCCUUGUUCUCGUUUCUCUGUUUGAUUUUUGUUUUGGUUUUACCAUGUCGUACUUUGUUUUUCGGUUUGCUAUGUAUUGUAGAGAGUACACUUCCUUGAUGGGAUGAUGA